UGUGUAAUACGUUCUGGUGUUCAUUUCUUUUGGCCAGCUCGUGCUUAUGUGCUUGAGAAUAGUAUACAUAGACUUUUGACAUCUUCGUUCUCCUAAAUACGAUACUAUACGAUACUACGACGAUGGACAUGCGAAACAACCUUUUCGGUCGAGGACCUCGCGCAGGUGGGGGUCUACCCGGCCGACCGGGUCCUGAGCAAGGCGGUUAUAACCAAGUCCCCCAAAACCGGCCGCCGAGAGAUUACAACGGCCCUCCCGAAUAUGAUCCAAGAAGUGCUUACGGAGCCCCGUCGCCGGGCUAUGGUGGGAACAAUAUGGCACCCCAGCAAAGGAAUACACGUCCCGCUGCAACUCAGGGUCGUCCCGUCCAGCUUAGAUUAGCCAAAUUAGACAAGGGCGAUUUAGCUCAACAAUACAUCUUUGGAAAUCUUGUCGCUGUCUCGCCCCAAGACUUCGCCCCCGACCAAUAUGGUAAAGAUAUAUACCUCCUACUGAACGGAAACUUCGUCGUGACCGCUCGCCCGACUGAGUAUAUUCCUCCCGGAUGCAUAAGCUUGUCUGAUCCUCAACGAACGUGGUGCGGCAUUAGUAUGACUGACACUAUUAUGGCUGAGAGAUAUGAGCACAGGGUUCCUCUUUCCGCGAUGGACGUUGAGAUUGGAUUUGCAUCACAGAGGAAGAUAACGGAUGUCCCGUAUGACCAGGAUCAACUUUCUGACUAUUUCGUCAAGAUGUUCCAAGGCCAAAUAUUUGCCCCCGGCCAACGAUUAUUGAUGGACUACAAGGGAAUACCGUUGAUGUUCGUGGUUAAGACGGUCCAACUCCUAGAUUUACUCGGGAACGAGAAGGGCCAGCCUUCAGAUUCCUCUUCGAGACCCGAUACUAGGGGUCUGCUGGUGGCUGGACAAGGUCAAACUGAGAUUAAUUUCUUCAAAGAUGCCAAAAACCCCAUUAAGAUAAAGGGCUCGACCAAAAGGCCUGCCACGAAUGCUAUCCUGAGACCGGAUUUCAAGUUUGCCGAUAUGGGUAUUGGAGGUCUGGACGACGAAUUCAGUACGAUUUUUAGACGUGCUUUCGCUUCUCGAGUUUUCCCUCCAGGCUUAGUCGAGCAGAUGGGAAUCUCUCACGUGAAAGGUGUUCUUCUUUACGGUCCUCCAGGAACGGGUAAAACGUUGAUCGCCAGGCAGAUCGGAAAGAUGUUAAAUGCCCGCGAGCCUAAAAUUAUCAAUGGCCCCGAAAUUCUCAAUAAAUAUGUGGGUCAAUCUGAGGAGAACGUGCGAAAGAUGUUUGCAGAUGCGGAGAAGGAGUACAAGGAGAAGGGAGAAGAGAGUGGUUUACAUAUCAUUAUCUUCGACGAACUAGAUGCUGUCUGCAAGCAAAGAGGUAGUGGGACAGGAGGGACAGGAGUCGGUGACAGUGUAGUCAAUCAGCUUCUUUCUAAGCUUGAUGGUGUGGAUCAACUCAAUAACAUUUUGCUUAUUGGUAUGACCAACCGGAAAGACAUGAUUGACGAUGCGCUGCUGCGACCAGGACGUCUCGAGGUACAUGUGGAGAUUUCACUACCUGACGAGCACGGCCGAAUACAAAUUCUCAACAUCCACACUGCCAAGAUCAGGGCAAUCAACAAAUUGGCCGAUGACGUUAGCUUAGAGGAGCUCGCUCAUUUGACCAAGAACUAUUCUGGUGCGGAGAUCUCUGGUCUUGUCAAAGCUGCUUUAUCGUAUGCCUUCACUAGGCAUACGAAACUCGGAGAUGUCACUGGCGUCCAGGGUAAUCCUCAGGAUGUGAUGCUAACACGGGCCGACUUCAUGAGAGCCUUGGAAGAUGUUAAACCAGCUUUCGGAAUUUCCGAGGAAGAGCUCAGCGGUGCUGCACCGUAUGGAAUUAUUGACUAUAGCCCGCACAUCCAAUCUAUCCUUUCUACUGGUCUCAGCUUUGUUCAAGCAGUCCGGACCUCAGAAAAAUCCCCUCUGUUCUCCGUUCUUGUCCACGGCCCUCAUGGAGCUGGAAAGACCGCCUUAGCUUCAGAGAUUGGGUUGAAGUCGGAAUUUCCAUUUGUAAAACUCAUCAGGCCGAUCGACGUCGGGACUAACGAGGGGGCUAAGCUCGAAUAUCUGCGCCGUGCUUUCUCCGACGCUUAUAAAUCUGCUCUUUCAAUUGUGAUCCUAGACAGCCUUGAGAAAAUCAUUGACUGGAACCCUAUUGGACCCAGGUUCUCCAACGCCGUCGUGCAGUAUCUAGGUGCUGUGCUAGAAACUCGGCCACCCAAGAAUCGUCGACUCCUCAUUAUUGCCACGACCAGCCAGCGAUCUAUGCUGGACCAGCAUGGUGUGUUCGCAUGGGACAGAGAGAUUGCUGUGCCAGCUGUCAAGGACCACCGUGAACUCCAGGCUCUCCUAGCCGCCUCUGGCAAAUUCAAUGACCCAGCCGAAAUUGAUGCAGCUUUAAACGAACUACAGAGUCUGACAGGAAGUCAGGAGGUUGGUAUCGGUGUCAAGGCGAUUUUCUCGGCGCUCGAGACAGCCUCGGUGAGAGAGCCGCUACCUACAAGUUUGGCGGAGGAUAUCAGCGCCAUCAUGGCGUCUCGAAAUCCGCAAGGGUAUUAAGGGCGAUACCCGUACCGGUGUACCGGGUUCGACGGAUCCUAAUGGAAUACUUAGAGAGGACCUAGAAUAUGAUUGCAUAGCAGUGAUACCAAUUUCGCCACAAUGUGUUAGGGGGAAAUAUGAGGCAUGACCGGCUACGAUGAUGGUUGAUGGCAAUUUACCUAAAGCAACCGCCAUUUUCUUUUUUUUUUCUA